AUGAUGAAAAGUAUUGAUAACGAAAAGUUGGAAAAAUCACACCGUAGUGUUUGGUUUAAAACAGGGCAACUGAUCGUAGUGCUUUCAAUUCUCCUCAUUCCAUAUAUCUUCCAUACAAAUGGACGUAUAACAGUAUCAAGUUUUUUAGACACUGUAACUCAGCUUAAAGCGCAAUCGAAGGGUAAUAUGAGUAAGAAUAUAGGGAUACGUUCAAUACUAAAACGAUUUGUAGCUAUUGAACAGGAAGAAGGUGUAGGAGCCCGAGUAAGAAGAUCAAUCGGCUCUCUAAAGGUUAGAAGAUUUUCGCCAUUCUUGAUGCUCGAUCAUUUCACAGUGAAUGCACCCGCGGGCUUUCCUGAUCACCCUCAUCAUGGACAAGAAACUAUCACAUAUGUUCUUGGCGGUAUGAUUGCUCAUGAAGAUUUUUCGGGUUCUAAAGGUGUACUAUAUCCGGGCGAUCUGCAAUUCAUGACGGCAGGUAAAGGUAUUGUUCAUUCCGAAAUUCCAGUUAAGAUGGAUAGUGGUGAACCGGCCGUCGGUUUACAAUUAUGGGUCGACUUACCUAGCAAACUUAAAAACGUAGAGCCAAGAUAUCGGGAUCUAAGAUCGGCAAAAAUACCAAUUGUACAGCCAUCUGAAAACCUAAAGGUGCGUGUCAUUAGUGGAGAAUCGUACGGUGUAAAGUCAUUAAGGGAUCUGGCUUAUACACCAGUUCAUUUCUACCAUUUUUCAAUAUCUAAAAAAGGUGUCAAAUUCGCUCAACGUUUUCCAGAUAGCUUCAAUGUGUUUCUGUAUAUCACAAAAGGCUCGAUUGAGAUUGCUGGCGAAAUUUGUCCAACAUUCUCCGCUAUUUUCUUUAAUUGUGAUGGUAGUGCUGUUGAAGGAAUAUCUGCAAGUGAGGAUGUCGAAUUUGCUUUGAUUGGUGGUGAAAUUUUGCAUCAAGAGGUUGUUCAACAUGGCCCAUUUGUUGAGACAGACAACGAAAAAUUGCAAGAGGUAUUCCGUAACUAUCAAUAUGGUAUCAAUGGAUUUGAAAGAGCUCACAAUUGGAGAUCUUCCAUUGCAAAUGGUGUCGAUGAAAGCGAGGCUAGAAUAAUUAACGGAUGA